UCUGUUGAACAUGGAAAACACAUUAAAGCUGUUAAUCCGUGUUCAUGGUUUACCAAAGUCCACAACACUACUGUUUCUUCUUUACCUUUGGGCGGCUAAGCCGGCCGCCUCCUCGAACCACAUCGAAAUUGCCAACGAGAUUGCACAUCCACUCCUAACAGCACAAUAUUCGGCCGUGUCAGCGAACUGGGAGAAAACGAAACCCUUCCAGGAACAUCUACCGUUUGUGCCAAUAAGUCGGAGGUCAAACUGCUCAAUAUGGAUGCAACUCACGCAAGACAACUGUACUACGAAGAUCUUCUUUUAUUACGUGGAUUAAGCAGCGUAAGGUUCGAUGCCCAGUUUGGCUCUAUUAUGAAACGUUUUCAAACGUUCCUCGAACUGAAGGAGUACGUAAGCCAGCACGUGGUUAUGCUGCAAAUCAAUAAUCGAACAAUAUCCGAACUGCACGAUGCGCUCACCUAUGCUUGGUUACCCACGCUCGAAAGGAGCAACUGGGAGGCGACGCAUGCCGAAAUCGUGCAGAUUGAAAACGGAACUUCGUAUUUUUCUACCACCGGGACGCCGCUAAUGAUGAUUCGUUUCGUGCUGCCUGUAUCGGAUGCUUUCUCACCCGCGAAUUUCUCCCGCAAUAUACCGCGGUAUCCCUGGUUGUACGCUCGCAACUCAGCCUAUCACGAAGUGCCCAUAUUAGUUCCACCAUCCGUUGAUGAGUUGAUUCAGCGACUGCGGGAGAAGGGCUUAACAGUAUACAACGGUACGGCCUUCUACAACACCGUGGGUAAAUGUCUAUCUUCUGGCAAAUUCUACUUACGGCUUCUUCGAUACGAAUCAGUGGAAGGCGGAUGUAAUGGCAAAUGUUCAACGAAGACGUGUUAUACAGAACUGUAGCGACGCGGGUUUGAAUGGGGUGGAAAUUCAUCUAGGCCAACUCGAACCGGGAAUUGUGACAUCAAGGUUGAAUGGCACCUUUUCGGAGUAAGGGCAGUUUUUCAAUGCAAAAGUAUCCAUUGUGGUGCAUACCGAUUCUGUCUACAAUUUUGGAGCAGAAUUUCAUUUCCGCCACAUAUUAUCGGUUUAUGGAUACAUACACCGUUAUAGAUACAUACAUUAUAGAUACAUACUUGUACAGUACCUUAUAGAUACAUACCGUUAUAGAUACAUACAUAUUACAUUAUAGAUACAUUAGUGUGGUACAUAAUUUAAUUAUAUGUACAUACAUAUGUUGUGUAUAUCAUAGCAUUUUCGCUAGAUGUAUUGCUGAAACACCGGUUCUUGGUUUUAACAGGACGGUGGCACUGUCCGCUCCUUUUAUGAUCAACGUGCAGCAGAAGACGCUUGUUUUUGAUCGGAGCUACAUAUUUAGUCCCUUUUGUCAACAAAACCGAUGGUUACUAUCUUAACGUAAGAACAACACUUCUGAAGAACACAACUGGUUUCCAUCUGGUGGACCAACCGCCGCGGAACCCGGCUUACUCGUUUCGGAUGCAUUUGAAUCGACCGUUGAGUGUUCAGCGGCUGCCGCUACUGGAGUCUCUGAUGACAUCUCAGCUAAACAUCGGCAAUGGUUCUGAUCGAGUGGAGGUGCGUCUGUGGGGCUUUGAUCCGAAUGGUUGGACUGUUAACUUUUUUGUGAUGCUGCCUCACGCCUGGCUCCCGAAGCAAGAGGUGCUGGAUGCCAGAUUGCCCUAUGCCGCCAGCAUCUAUCGUAAACUCGAUGGUCUUCAGCUUCGUUUACCAUCGACUAAUAGAACUUAUACGCUGAUGACGUAUCCUCUACCCGAUUCUUUGAAGGAUGCGAUUAAAGCAUCGACUCUUGAGCAAUGCGAUGGAGAGGAUAACUUGCUUUCCUUACCAGUGGAAGAACAAGCGUGCCCUCUGAAGAAAGCCUUCACCUUGUACGUUGAGUGGCCAUCGGAACGGCAUUCCCAUAAGCAUUAUCUGGAGAACGGGUUAAUAAAAGAGCUACCGAGUUCCGAUAAAAUCUUGGAUGCAGUACAUCAAGCUUUUGCCGUCGCGAACCCCGUGACAUUGGAUAACAUUACGCUAACCAUCACGUUAACGGAGCGCGAUGACAGUUUACGGACAACCAACGGGCAAGAUGCUUCCAAACCGAAUUUUGCCCUGUCGUAUCCCAAAAUGAAAAGCGGAUUGUACUGGAAACUGUGGCGUUAUCCAUCGUUUGAUGAACUGAAUGGCUUCUUGCAGAGCGUUGCAGAUGCCAAACUUGUUCGCACUUGGACAGUGGCAUUGACACUGCCGGCUUCUAGUUAAUGUUAGUUCGAUUUCUAAAUCCUGCUUCCAGAUUCUCUUUGCAGUAAAAAUGCGUCAUUCAUCGCUUAGUCUGUGUGCUUACGUGUAGUACCCAUUUAGCGUUCUGCUGAUUUUUGUAGCGUGCUUGAUAAUCUGAUCAAAGCAAAAGAAUGUCAAGUAAAUUUUUAACAGUACAUAACAAAGUUUUACCCUGACUUUUGAGGUCAAUUUUAAGGUGU